GGACUGUUGACAUUCAGGGAUGUGGCCAUAGAAUUCUCUCCAGAGGAGUGGGAAUACCUGGACCCUGCUCAGCAGAAUUUGUACAGGGAUGUGAUGUUAGAGAACUACAGAAACCUGGUCUCUCUGGAACUUGCCAUCUCUAAGCUGGACCUGGUAACCUUUUUGAAACAAAUUGAAGAGCCCUGGAAUGUGAAGAGAGAGGAGACAGUAGCCAAACACCCAGGUAGGUGGGAGUGAAUGGAGCAGAUAAUGCAGGUGAGAUAUCUAAAGAUCAAGGAGAAAGCCAGACCUUAAAAUGUGGGUUGAGAAGCUCUUGUAAUAUGAAGCUGUAUUUUGCAAAGUCAAGGUUUAUUUGUGUUGCUGUCAUAGAAGGACAUCUUUCUUAUGCUCUUAAAUUAUCUGAGGACUGAUUCUU